AAUUGAACACAGUGUUUUUCUGCGUUUCCUCCUGGAACUGCUUUAAUUGCUGAUUUUAUGCUUCCUCCUUCUGCUCUUGUUCAGACUGAAGAUGUUUAUGUUUAAUCUCAUCUUCUGUAUGAUUGAAAAAUAUUCCUUAAAUUCUGCUUGAAAAACAUCUUGAGUGGAAAUGAGAUCCUAAAACUGGAGCAUUUUUAAUUCCCGUCUUGUUAAAUUUACGUAUUUGUUAAGUUUUGAUGCUUCCUCAUCCUGGUCAUUGGCAGGUUGCUGAUUUCCCCUCUGUGUCUUUGAGCUGAUCGCCUGCAGGAGCAGCAGCAUAACUUCGUCUCUGAACAGUUCAGUUCUCUUUCAACUGUCUAGUCAAAGUAAAACAGACAAAAUGGGGAAAAUUGAUGGAUGCCUGAAGGCUGUUUUCAUCUCCUUCAAUUGCUUGUUUACAUGUUUGGGAGGCAUGUUGAUCUACGGAUUACUGCAGAUCAAUCUCAGUGACUAUGAGAUGGAAGGGCUUGACGCCCCCAGCGUAUUCUGGUUCUGGGUGUUUGCCAUUAGCACUGUCCUGAUCUCCUUGCUGGGGAGCCACGCUGCACGCACCGAAAAUAAAUGUGGCCUCAAGUUUUUUGCGGUUUUGAUGGGCAUUGGAAUGGUGCUCAUGGUAAUCUGUGGAGUUCUUGUCAGUGUUUCAAAAAAUCAGGCCAUGGAAAACUUUCGAAGUCCUGAAGUUGCCAAGGAGAUCUUGAAAGACGAUGAGAAAAAAAAAAUUCUUAUAACCGUGCAAAAACAACUUCAGUGUUGUGGAUGGACUGGAGUCGAGGACUGGGGCUCAGACAUCCCUGACUCCUGUCGCUGCACACCUUCAUAUGGAUCAGAAUGUAAAUCCAUUUCACAGGGAUACAGAGGACUUUUCUCUGUCCACCCCAAGUCCUGUGGUGAAGUUGUUGGGGUUUAUGUUGAAUAUGGCAUAAAUAUUAUCCUAGGCAUCACUUUUGGAUUCGCUUUCGUUGCUAUGGUGGGAUUGAUCAUCUCCAUUAAAAUGAUCAAUCAGAUCAAUCGUCACGACAGAGCAGGAAUAGCAGAUAUGGCAAUGAGGGAUUAUUGAGAUCCACCUCCAAGUCUUGAUGGGUUUCAUGGAAUGAUGCUCAAAUAUCGUUCAGAUUCUUUCCUUUUAGUCUUUAUUUAGAAAAAAUGUUACCAAAUAAAAUGUUUUGCAAACGUU